AUGCGGUUCAGGACGUCCAUUAGCAGCCCCCAGACCUUUUUUCGAAUCAUUCAAGCAAUUGAGAAAUUACAGAAGAAAUGCAUAAUCAAAUUCUCAGACACGGAGAUGCGAGUUAUCUGCAACAACGACGCCAAUGAAGGCGGUAUCCAAGUCUGGUCAGUGAUCAAAGUAGACUCUGUAUUUACCAAUUAUCGGAUCCAAUCCAACGCCAACAAUGAAAUCACGGUGCUGCUGAACGCCGAAGCACUACUAUCCGCGUUGAAAUCAGCUUCUACUACAGCAGAGACAGCGGAUGGCGACGAUGUAGUAUUGAAACUCGCGAAAAAGAACGAUCAAGCAGUCCUGUGUUUUGAGAUCAAUGGUACAACGCGAUUGGGCAAGUCAAUGCGUGUCUCACAUGAUGUGAAGAUAGAGGUGAUGAAGCCUACCGAUGUUGCGUCGCUUAAAGAGCCUAUGUGUCCUGACCCCGACGUUCAUAUCUUAUUGCCUCCUUUACAAAAACUGAGGACGGUCGUUGAACGCCUGAAACCUAUGUCCGACGUGCUUGCCGUUAGCGCCAGCCACAGCGGAUCAUUAAAGCUUUCGAUCAGCACCGACUCGGUCAAACUGGACACAGAAUGGAGGAAUUGUACGAUUCCGAAAAUGACUCGCGAGCCCACAGACAGGGACGAUGAAAACGACCACGACCCGGGGAAACAUUUCCCUGUACUUGUGUCUACACGCAGCUUUUUGAAAUUCCUGAAUAGCCACGUUGUGUCCACUACGACCAUUGCGUGUAUCUGUCAACGUCACUGUAUGAUCCUUUAUGUGUAUGUUGGUGAUUAUGCCGAUGCUGGAGGCGUACUGACUUUUUAUAUACCUGCAAUCAUUGAUGGCGAUGAUUGA